AUGUCGGUCAAACUAGUCCACGAGCAUAUCUUAAUGCGUGAUGGAUUCAAGCGUUUACGGGAGGGAAACCGAAAGCAGACAAGAAAAAGGGAGAAAUCAAAGAAGCAAAUACCUAAUACAGACCUCGCCAAAGUCGUGGGUCGGGUUUCGACCUUUGACCCAAAACCCGCCAAGAAGAUUAAAUAA